CACAGUCAUGGACAACACGAGCUCGCUCCUCCAAGCCCAGAGCCACAUAUGGCACCACGCCUUCAACUUCGUGACCUCCAUGUCCCUAAAAUGCGCCGUCCAGCUGGGCCUGCCCGAAGCCGUCCAGGCCCACAGCGGGCCCAUCUCCCUCCCGGAGCUCAUCUCCGCCUUGUCCCUCCCUCCCGCAAAAGCUCCAUACCUCCACCGCCUGCUCCGCCUCGUGGCCCACUCCGGCUUCCUCUCCCUCCACAACAAACUAAACGACGUCGAACGAUACUCACUCACUCCCGCCGGCCAACUCCUCCUAAGCGACAACCCCUACAACGCCGGCUCGCUCCUUCUCGCGGUCCUGGAUCCGGUUCUCACCGAGCCGUUCCACCGUAUGAGCGCGUGGUUUCGGAGCGAGAAUGAUGAUGACGGUACGACGCCGUUUUCCGCGACCCACGGCGGCAAGAUGGUGUGGGAGUACAUGGCGAUGGAGCCGGAGUUUGCUACUCUUUUCAACGACGCCAUGGCGAGGGACAGCUGCUUGAUUGCGGAGGUGGUGGUGAAGGAAGGCAGGUCGGCGUUCGAAGGGGUCGGGUCCCUCGUCGACGUGGCUGGUGGGACCGGAAACAUGGCCAAGGCUUUGGCUAAGGCUUUCCCGGGGAUGAGUUGUACCGUGCUGGAUCUGCCACACGUCGUCUCGGGGCUCGAAGACGGCGGUAACAACGUGAAGUAUGUUGCCGGCGAUAUGUUUGAGUCCAUCCCCGCUGCCGAUGCCGUAUUGCUUAAGUGGAUUAUGCACGAUUGGAGCGACGAGAAAUGCGUGAAAAUUCUGAGCAAGUGCAGGACGGCGGUGACCGGCGAAGGGAAAGCUGCUGGGCAGGUGAUAAUCAUAGACAUGGUGCUUGGAAACCAGAGCUUGGAUGAGAAGCUGCGGGGAGUACAGUAUGCAUUCGACAUGGAAAUGAUGGUUUCGUUGACUGGCAAGGAGAGGACCGAGGAAGAGUUUGCGAAGCUCUUCUUUGAUGCCGGAUUCAGUAGCUACCAUAUCAACCCGAUUCUUGGAACACGAGCUCUGAUCCAGGUCUAUCCUUGAGGAGGGGAAAUAAAAGAUGGUUAUUCUAAACCUAGUGUUUAUGUUGCCUCACCUAGAACUUUUAGUUUGGUUCAAGGAUUAAGAUCCGGACGCUAGCUCUCUCCAUGUUAAUUUCAGUAUUUUAUUGUCUUAAGUACACCAG